AUGUCCACAGGUGAUAGAGUUUAUGGACCUGGUCAAAAAUUUAUUCUUCCUCAUGGGGGUGUACCUGAAUGCACAGAACAGCAGUUGCAUGAAGUCGGUUACAUACGGCCAGACCCUGUCUAUCCAUCCCAUCCGAUAAAUCCUAAUCUAGGACAGAGAACAUAUCAAGGACCAGCACCAGUUUAUACAUCAAAUAUCACCAUUCGUUGUCUUGAACCACCACCUCUUCCACCAGGUAAACUGACUAUCAUUGAAAAACGUCCACGUGCACCUUCCCCUCCAUCUCCAAAACACGUACAUGGCCCGCUACCUGAACGUUCUCGUACACCGCCUCCACUUAUUCUACGUCAACGGCCUCCAUCACCACCUCAUUCUACUGAUGCUAUAUGUUGUGUUCGCUUGCCUCCUCCACCUCCUCCACCUCGACAGCGCAUCAAUCAUAUUUAUGGACCUUGUCCUCCUAAGCCUCCUAAUAUCAUCGUUGAGCGAUGGCUUCCUUAUAAACGUUCGCCUCCACGAGACUAUGUUGUAAUACGAGCUCCUCCUUAUAACCCCAUACCGGUACAGAAUCUGAUCAUCAAGCAUACUUAUCCAGCAGCUCGCAUUGAACACGAAAUUCGAAAAUAUCCUCAACCUAUACGGACCAACCCAGAGUACUAUAUACAACAGCAUGGUCAUACAUUACUUGGAGAGCAAGCACUACAAGAAACACUAUUCAGCGUGCUAUCUCAACAACGUGCUGGUCAACACAUUUUACAACGUCUUCAAGCUAUUUUUCGGGUACCAUGCGACCAAAAUCAUGAACGGAUUGACUCAUACAAAUUUAUCGGAAGCUGGGGUACAGAAAACAUUCCAACAACGACUGAAAUACACUCCAUAGGCAUCGGCUCCAUGACAAGUCAUCCUGAUAAUUUCUCACCAACAGCUGCUUUGUGUUAUUAG